CACAGUUUGAACAGUAAGUCUUUGAAUAUUUAAAACUGAAACACUAACCACUCAAUGAAGUGAUUCUUUAGAUAGAGCCUACGUUGCACUAGUUGUACCCGUACCACAGUUUGAGAAUCACUGGCUUAGGAUAUAUUGACCUACAUUGAAUUGGUUUUUAGCAUCUUUAAUCUCCUCAGAUGGUGCUUGUGAGCACUGGUUAGCGUUUCCACAUGUUGGAGGAGCAGCUGCACCCGAGUGGAGAUGCCUCCCUGCAGGAGACAGGUCUGGAGGUGGUGGAGGGCGAGACGGAGCCCAGCAUGCUGUUGCAGAAGCUCAAGACCAACAUCUCCAAGAGUGUUCAGACUAAAGUGGACCAGAUUCUGCAAGAUGUUCAACGUUUCUCCGACAAUGACAAGCUGUACCUGUACCUCCAGCUGCCCUCGGGACUUGGUGCCGGCGACAAAAGCGGAGGUGACUGUUCAUUCACCACAUCAGAGCAACUUCACACCUGCAACUGGAUCCGUAGCCACCUGGAGGAGCAUUCGGACACCUGCCUGCCCAAACAGGACGUCUACGAGACUUACAAGCGCUACUGUGACAACCUGCAACAUCACCCGCUGAGCGCGGACUUUGGGAAGAUCAUCCGAGACAUUUUCCCCAACAUCAAGGCCCGAAGGCUCGGCGGAAGAGGACAGUCCAAAUACUGUUACAGCGGCAUCAGGAGGAAGAUGGUUCUCAACAUGCCCCUGCUUCCCAACCUGGACCUGAAGAAUGACCCGGCAGAGCUGACUGAGCUAGUGCAAACAUACAAGCAGGAAGUGACGGACGCGGCGUGCAAGCUCAUCUGUGAUUGGGCACAGAAGAUCCUGAAGCGUUCGUUCGACACGGUGGUGGAGAUCGCUCACUACCUCAUGGAUGAGCACCUCGUCAACCCUCGCUGCAGCCAGGCGGAGCUGGUGGCGUCGGCAACGCUCGCUGGAGGUCCCGCCAAGCCUCAUAAGGUCAUCAAGAGAACGCCGUUGGCGCCCAAAUGUGACAGCGACGCUGCUGACCACAAGAGGGACGGUGGAGACACCGCCUCCUCGUUGGCUGGGAAGAUUCCGGCCAGUGACAAGGGGCCAUCCAAAGGGCUGUCGCAGGAAGCUCCGCCCUCUCCUGCUGCCUCCUCUCUGCGUCCUGCGGUUGAGGCCUACAUGAAGCAGUUACCCAGAAUCCUCCCCCGGAGCUCCAUCCCGGAGAAGGGCCAGCUAAUGAUCGUUCCUCAGGGCUGUUUGUCCUAUGAGACUCGAGAGAGUGCCAACAAGCGCCCCCUAGAGGUGACAUCAGGCACUUCAUUCGGCGGAUCCGGUGGCUUGGCAGCGCCCCCGGUGAAACGGAAACGAGGAAGACCGAGAAAACCUCGACCUGAAGACAGUUUGCCUAAACACUCCCUCCCCCCACAGCCUCCUCCGCCACCCGCAGCCCCACCCCACAGCCCCGUCAUUGCCUCAGUGAAGGGCGGCGUCAUCCAUAAGGCUUCCUCUGCGCCCGUGUCACAGUCCGUGUUGGAGCUAGUGAUCCAGGAGCCACCGGGCCUGGUUCUGAGCCCGGUUCCGAUCACGUCAGACACCAGCCCAAGGCUGGUCGAGCACCGGGGCGUGGUGGUGCAGUGCCAAGCGGGCGGAAAUUCCGAGCCGGACCGCCACACCCGCCCGCUGCUGCUGUUUCAGAGUCCAGGCAAUGCUGGCUGGGAGACGGCGACUGCCGGGCGCACGCGUACUAUGGUGGAGGUGAUUCAGAAGACACCAAGACCCAACAACAACAACAGCGGCACUACACUACCUCCUCCCAGGCUGCAGCAGGAGCGUGGGGAAGUGGAAAUUACGCUCACUCCGGUGGAGGUCAGCGUCCCACCGCCUGACCGUCCUUCCGCUUCCGUCAAACAGCAGCAGAAACAGGAAGAGGAGGGGCCUUCUCCUUAGUUUUGAUCUCACCAAGCACCAUCCCCUUCCCUAUUGGUGGAAAUCCCAGAUUGGCCAAGCCAGUCGAGGAGGAUGAAUGAAGCCAGGCCUCGCUGACGGUCCAUCAGCUUCCAUUGCACUCAACACGCACUGUGAAUCCCCCACCCCCGAACUACCCCCCGCCCCCACCCUCACCAAACUUACGCCAUCGCACAGCCGUCCAUUCGGAAAAAAAGAGUUCAGUAUUGAUGGACUUAUUUUGGUACUACGGGUCAGAACCUUGUUAAGGUUCUUUGUUGCUAACCUCUCUGAGCAGAACUCAGCCUUGUCAAUCAGCUGCUUUCUGUGUGAGUGUGUGUCUGUGUUUGUGUCAAAGACAACAUCGCGCCCCUCCCAACUCCAUCAAGCCUAAAUGAACGUGCACUUACUGUAUGAUGUCAUCCCCGCUGAUGACAGACAGAAAAAAGACAAAGCACAAAGCAAAUGUUCCAAUGCAGUAAAUGAAUGUUUAUUAGCCCGCUAGCUCAUGCUUUGUUUGCACUAACACAACUACAUCAGUGAUUAUAAUUAUUAGCGUUAUUAGAAAAAGGAGGAGGACCUCUGAAGGAGGCGGAGUUUCAACUCUGUUCACUUCGCCGCUGGUGCUACGAUCCUUGGGGCCGCCAUGGACCUUUGUCGUUUUACAGACUGUGUGUGUGUGUGUGUGUGUGUGUGUGUGUGUGUGUGUGUGUGUGUGUCACAUGACCUGAAACCCUUUGUCCCCUUUGCAACCUCACUGCUUUUCGCAGGAACUGGAAGUUAAGACUCCUUACUUCCUGCCGUGAAAGUCAGAGCUCAAGCGGGAACCUAUGAAAAUAUGACCGGAGCUUACACCAGGAUGCACUGUGGGGUUCUGUUGUUCUGCUAGUGUUUAAAAGAGUGGCUACAUAAAAUGACGAUUGGAUAACGGGACACUUUGGUCCUGCAUUGUGGCGGAAGACGAUGACAAGGUUCAGGCGGGUCACCGGGUCAGAUAAUCAAAGACAAAUCGGGUAGCACACACACUUGUAGUAUUGCACUUUCACACGACGGAAAGGACAACACUUUUCACCAUCCUGGUCCAUCGCGGCUUGUUAGGAAGCGGCAGUCCACUAAACGGUUCUGUUGUGGUUGUGACGUCCCAAACAUUUCACGUCACAGUAGACAACAGGAAGUCUAUUUGUGGAGUGAAUCAAUGUUUUUUAAAUGAAAUGCUUCUUCUGUGUAUUUGUGCGUGCUUUUGUUGCUAUGACGACACUCAGAGUGUCCUGCAUGGUUUUCCUGUAAAGGUUUUGUAUUUUUAAAUUCCCGCUUUGUGUUUAUUGUUCGCACUUUAUUCUUGAAAUGUUUUGUUGACGUCGGUCCAAGUGUAGAAAAAAAAGAAGAAGAGAAUAAUCAGCGGAAAGCACCUUUAAUUUCCCUACGCGUCCAAUUUUUUGUUUGUUUGUUGUGAAGAGAGAC